AUGACUGAACCCCCCACAGCAAACGAAACGGAGCAGCAGCAGCAGCAGCAGCAGCAGCAGCACACCACUAACAGCAGCAGCAGUCUUUCCGCAGCAGGGGGGCCCCCAGCAAAUGCUGGGGGCCCCGAAGGGAAUGAAAGGGGCCCCUCCCUAGACCCUCAGGGGCCCCCCGAGGCUCGACGGGGCCCCCCAGGGGGCCCCCAGGGGCCCCCCGGGGCCCCAGAGGGGCCCCCUAGUGCCCCUGAGGGGCCCCCCGGGGCCCCCGGGGGGGCCCCCCGCAGCCCUGGGGGCCCCUCCCCAUGCGUAGGGGCCCCUCUAGUACCCCCCGAGGGUCCUGGGGCCCCUGCGGAUGCCGGGGGGGGCCCCCCAAAGGGUACUGGGGGCCCCCGGGAGCCGCUGGAGGGGCCCCCCUUGGAGGUUUUUGCAGCAGAGGGGCCCCCCGAAGCAGCUAAGGCCAGCAGCAAGAAGCCCCCAGAGCAUGGGGGGCCCCCUGAAGUCAGAGAGGGGCCCCUGGGCCUCUCCCUGGGGGCCCCCAGCGGCGCCGGGGGGCCCCCGGAGACCCCGGGGGGCCCCCCUGCUGCUGGGGGCCCCCCCAGUGCCCCUUCAGUUGGUUUUGACUCUUCUUUAAAAGACUCAGAGGUGCAAAUAGAGGCAAAAGAAGGACUGGGGGCCCCCCCUUUAGAAGCAAACAGAGGGGGGCCCCCCCUCCCGCCAGGCCCGCAGCUGGGCCCCUCCAAAAGGGUACUGGAGGCCCACCAACAGCUGGAGGAGCCCAACAGGGGCCCCCCGGGGGGCCCCCCUGUACCUCAGGGCCCCUAUGAGGUCCUAGGGGCCCCUGGGGACUCUGCAGCUGAGCAACAGGGGCCCCCAGGGGCCUCGGGGGCCCCUGGCGCAGCGGAGGGGCCCCCAAGAGACCCUGGAGUUGAGCGAGAGGGGCCCCCGGGGCCCCCAAAGGCCUCAGGGGCCCCUGAAAUUGGGGCUAAGGGGCCUCCAGGGGGUUUGGGGGCCCCGGUGAGCCCCCCACUUGAGAUAGAAGGGCCUCUAGGGCCCCCAGCAGCAUUGGAAGGGCCUAUAGGGGCCCCUGCUAGGGGUUUCCAGGGGCCCCUGGGGGCCCCAGGGGCUUUACAGGGGCCUUCGGGGGCCCCUGGGGAUUCUCAGGGGCCCCCAGGGGCCCCUGGGGGAUUGCAGGGGCCACAAGGGGCCUCUGAGGGUUCCGUGGGGCCCCAGGGGGCCCCUCAGGGGCCCCCAGAGGGUACAGGGGCUGGGGCUUCUUCGGAAAGAAGUCCUCAGGGGGCCCCUGUGGGCCUCGUGGGCAAACCGGACACAAUGGGGCCCCCAGGGAGGGGAUUGGGGGGCCCCCCUGAGGCUUCUGGAGCCCCAGGGCCCCAGGGGGCCCCCCAGGGGGCCCCCCCGAGGGGGCCCCUUGAGGACUCUUCAGGGGGGCCCCCAGCUGCCCUUGAAGAGGGUUUAAGUCCGCGGUUUGAGCCAUCUUGGGGGGGCCCCCCAGUAGCCUCAGUUGUGGGGGGCCCCCUGGGGCCCCCAGCAGCAGAAAGCCUCACAAGGGCCCUGGGGGGCCCCCAGGGGCCUCCUGGGGGCCCCCCAAAACAAUUUCAGAUUGGUGGGGGCCCCCUGAAUCAGGAAGACGGGAAUGGGGGCCCCCAGCAGCUCUUUUGGAGGACAAAUGAGCCUGAGGGCCUUCAGGCGGCCCCAGAAAAGGGCCCCCAGGGGCCCCAGGGGCCCCCAACUGAGGGGCCCCAGGGGCCCCCAACUGAGGGGCCCCAGGGGCCCCCAACUGAGGGGCCCCAGGGGGCCCCAACACAGUGGCCUCGGGGGCCCCAGGAGUCCCCAGCUCAGGAGCCCCAGGAGCCCCCAACCCAGGGGCCCCAGGGGCCCCAGGGGCCCCUCCUGGGGCCCCCAACUUACGGGACACAGGGGCCCCCAACUCAGGGGCCCCAGGGGCCCUUGCUGCAGGCAUUUGAGGCCCUUUCGGUGGCUGGCGACGAAGUUGGGGGGCCCCCCAAGGGUUCAAAUGACAGCGGCAGCAGCAGCAGCAGCAACAGCAGCAGCAGCAGCAGCAGCGGCUCGAGUGAUGAGGAGGCGAGUUUGGGGGGCCCCCAGGGGCCCCCGGGGCCCCGGAGACCCAGAAGGCCCCACGGGCUUACGAGGCCCUCUUUCGUGCCUCGGCUGGGCCUGAGCCCGCAGCAGCAGCAGCAGCAGCAGCAGCAGCAGCAGCAGGAGAAGCAGCAGCAGCAGCAGGAGCAGCAGCCCGCUGUGGGAGUCAGGGAGUUUCUGUCUUCCAUGUGGAACCGAAUUCGAUGGGGGCAGGGCGAGAAGCAGCAGCAGCAGCAGAAAGAACAGCAGCAACAGCAGCAGCAGCACGAAGAGCAGCAGCAGCAGCAGCAGCAGCAGCAGCAAGAAGAGCGACAUCACCUAAGGCGCCCCAGGCGGGUAAACAGUGCCUUGGGACAGACACAGACGGAAGAAAAUGAACAGCAACAGCAGCAACAGCAGCAACAGCAGCAGCAGCAGCAGCAGGAGCAGCAGCAGCAGGAGCAGGAACAGUGGCACCCGAGAAUGCAGCAGCAGAAGGAGCAGCAGCAGCAGCAACAUCAGGACCGGCAGCAGCACCAGCGAAAUUUUGCACGAGAGCAGCUGCCCCAGACACAGGAGCAGCAGCAGCUGGAGGAACAGCAGCAGCAGCAGCAGCAGCAGCAGCAGGGCCGGAACCACGCACAAACGCGUCCUCAGCAACGGCAACCGCAGCAGCAGCAGCAGCAGCAGCAGCAGCAACCACACCACCUGCAGCAGCCACAACAGUUCCUGCAACCGCAGCAGCAGCUGCAGCCGCACCAGCUCCAGCAACCGCAGCAGCAGCAGCAGCAGCAGCAGCAGCAGCAGCAACCAGGUGUGGCUGAUAGGCCCCACCGGGUUCCUGGUGUAAGGGCCCCUGGGGGCCCCUUUCCGAGGGCCCCCACCUUAGCCCGGCGGCGCGUUUUGGGGCCUCUUGCGCAGCAGCAGCAGCAGCAGCAGCGAGAGCAGCAGCAACAGCAGCAACGCGAACUGCAGCAGCAGCAGCAGCGAGAGCAGCAGCAACAGCAGCAACGCGAACUGCAGCAGCAGCAGCAGCUGCCUGCGCCGCUUGAUCACCAGGAAACUUCGGCAGCUGCAGAGCACCUGAGGGGAUCGCCUGCUGCAGGAGUCUCCGCUGCUGCUGCUGCUAGGCGAUCCGCUGCUGCUGCUGCUGCUGCUGCUGCUGCUGCUGGAAGCUCUCCUGCGGCUGCUGCUGAGAGCCCCGCUGCUGCUGGCGCUGCCGUUGGGGCUCUUCGCAGAAGGGUCUCUCGGCCUUCAAGUGUCGGCGCGCAGCAGCAGCAGCAGCAGCAGCAGCAGCAGCAGCAGCAGCAGAAGCUCCAGGACAGCAGCAGCAAUCAAGACAGCAGCAGCAGCACCAGAAGCAGCAAUAUCAGUUGGUCUGCUUUUUUGGGCUCUGAGCUGCUGCCGGAGUCCGCAGAGAAUUGCGUCUUCGUGGUGCCUUCAAACUCAGAAGGUAGAUAG